UUCGCAGCUGAAUUGAAGUGUGUGUGUGUGUGUCGGUGUGUUCGCGGACAUUGCCUGUGCCGCGAAGAAAUAAAAAACAACAAUUUGCCUUAUCGCAUGGCACGUGUGUGCCAAUUUUAAAACUGCCGAUUGUUGCAUUUUUUGUCGGCUAUUUGAACGCCUUUCUCUCUUCGGACACUGCCAGUAGUCGUUUGACAUUCGUGGGGAACUGUUAUACUUAAGUUUCGUAGAAACCUCCAUCAUUCGUCAUUGGAAAAGCCGUGUGUCUGAAAGCUCGAAAGCUUUUCGUAAAGAACUACAAAGUUCCCUGCAUUUUCUUUUCCUCACAUUGGCAUCAAAGAACCCGAUUUCGCAGAUAAGAAAACAACAAAACGCAAGGCAUCUGUGACGUAUUUUCGUUUUGUUCGAAAUCGAUAUUGAACGCAAUCAGGUUGUCGGCACGAAUGCACUUAAAUGGUGUGGUGGACGAAGUAACGGAAAACUUGUUGUUUUUUAACUAUUUUCCCGAGAGAAGUAGUCAGGGGUCGGGAACACCGUGUUAUAGAUUAGCCUCUGUAUCUAAUCUAAGGACGUGCACCUUCGUAAAAAUGCUAUGGCCAAUACUUUUAGCCGUGUUUGCAAUCCUCCUGGUGGCAGACUACUCUAGACGCCAGAAAGUCAUCGCCACCUUGGGAAAUAUUCCCUUGGUUUCCCACAUACCCUUUAUUGGAACGAUUGCGGUGCUCUUUCAGUUAAAUCCCGACAACUACGACAGGAAGUGGCAUGAAUUCAUACUCAGAUACGGCAAGACAUUCGGGUCCUUUCUGCUUGGCAUGGUCUUUGUGGUUACCACGGAUCAUCGAAUUGUGGACGCAUUGCUAGCCAGCAACGAGAAUUUAAGCAAGAACUUUGUAUACAAAAUGCUCACCAGUUGGCUGGGCAAUGGACUCUUGCUGAGCAGCGGAAAAUCGUGGCAGACAAUGCGAAAAAUCAUCACACCCACGUUCCACUUCAAAAUACUGGAGGGGUUUGUAGAGGUAUUUGAUCGACAAAGUGACGCCCUGAUUGCCAAACUGAAAUCGAAGGCCGAUGGAAUCACUCCUGUCAAUAUUUACGAACCAGUGGGACUCCUAACUUUGGAUAUAAUUGCUGAGACCGCAAUGGGAGUUGUCAUCAAUGCCCAGUCGGAUUUGAAGUCAGACUUAAUCCAAGCCGUCAAUGAAGUUACAGAUAUAAUGGCGAAUCGCUUUGUACGCCCCCAUCUAUCCUUCCAGCUCCUGGCAUGGAAUACGCACAUGAAACUGAAGCAGGGCAUCAAUGUUAUGCAUGCCUUUACUGAGAGAAUUAUCGAGGAGCGCAAGCAAUCGCUUCUGCAUGCCGAUGCAAGGUACAGGACAGACGAGAUGGAGUUUGACGGUGAUGGUGUUGGUGCAAAGAAGCGUCUAGCAUUUCUAGAUGUUCUGCUACAGGCCCGGGUUGAUGGACAGCCCCUGCUCGAUAAGCAAAUUCACGAUGAGGUCAACACUUUCAUGUUCGAAGGCCAUGACACCACCACAUCGGCCAUAUCAUUUUGCCUCUAUGCACUAUCGCGUCACCCAGAAAUUCAGGACAAAGUUUUUGAAGAGAUCCGAUCGAAUUUCGGUGAUGAUUUGAUUCGGCGAAUCAGCUACGCGGACUUGCAAAAAAUGAAUUAUUUGAAUUGCGUUAUAAAAGAGUCGCUGCGUCUAUUUCCACCAAUACCGGCUGUUGGCCGUUGCCUGGACAGGGAGUUGAAGCUGGACGACUGCACCAUACCUCGCCGCGCUAACGUUGUCAUUUUGCUUUGGGAAAUUCUGAGGGACCCUGACAACUUCGUUGAUCCAUUAUCCUUCAAGCCCGAUCGCCAUCAAAAUGAGGGCAAUACCAAAGCGACUGGCUACAGUAACAUACCAUUCAGUGCGGGACCAAGGAAUUGCAUAGGACAACGAUUCGCCCUAUAUGAAAUGCGCACAAUACUGAUAAAGAUUCUGAGAAACUUUGAAUUGCUGCCACUAGGCGAAGAAGUCCAAGUUUCGAUGAAAAUAGUUUUGCGUUCCAAGAAUGGUGUAAAUAUUGGACUGAAGCCCAGGCAGUAUCAAUGAUCUUUAAUCAAUGUACAUGUGUAAGAUGGAAAUUUGAAAACUAAAAAUGUUAUUGUUUAAUAUAUGUAUAUCUCAGUAGCUCUACCUUCAGAUCUGAAUUCCUCUACUGGGUGAGCUUAUUGAAUAUACCUUUGUAGGAAGGAUCCAAUUCUUGUUCUUUACAGCGUUCUCUAAAACUUGACGUAGCAGACACAUUUUUUAUAUCUUCCCCACUGUGGUGAAAUACACGUCAUAUCACAAAAUCUCUCAAAUAAUAAUGUUGUAAAAGCUGAUUAUUUUUAGAAUUAACCAAUUGUUAUAUUUUCCGAUUAGAAACAUAAACAUUUUUUUGUAUUAUUCAUUUCUAUGUUCAACACACAAAAGAAUAAAUUGUUUAUUUUUCAAUGUUGACAUUGUUCAAAUUUGAAAUUAUGUACGUCAUCUAAAAUUCUUUAUAAACCAAAUCAUGGCGUAAUUAGUACAAAGUAACUGCAAGUGCUGACGUAAUGUUGUUAGCAACAGUAGUAUCAAAUGUAUUUCCAAUAAUGGCAAAUUGUCAAUAAUAUUAACUAUAAAAAUUAAAAACGAUGCUUCUUUCCUCAUUUCAGAAUAAAAUGUAUUCCUAAAUUAAAGGAUUAUGCUUUGUAUAGUCGUAGUUAUUGUCAGUUUUCAUUGCCUAGAAAACAGGUUCCCAUCUCUGAUUUAUGAAUAUACAAUGGAGUCAUAAAUAUACAUGUUUCCAAUGAGAUGUUGUCAAGUGAAUAAUUUCGAAAAAAAAAUAUAGCCAUUUCAAAUAGCCCUAACAAUUUCAGCAUUUUCUGUAAUUUACCCUGUCAAUUUUCACUGCAUAGAAGAAAAGUUUCCAUCUCUGAUAUGUGAAUAUGCACUGGAGUUAUAGGCUCUGUUACAGAUCUGCAAGAAUGUAAAAGUUUUUACUACGAUAACCGAUUUUCCCUCAUUGUACAAUGAAAUAAAGGUAACCUCAUUUCAAAUUAGCA